GGAGGCGCGGGACGCUUGGUUUGUGGCGACUUCGCUUAGGCCUCUGUGCCGUACUACCGGUAGAGGCUCUCUUUACCUGAAACUUUAGAGUCUCAGGCCAUUUGAGGCCGUUUGAGGCGAAAUGGUUCCGGGCGAGAGAGGAUCAGGCGGUGGCAAAGGAGGGGCCGCCUCCAUCUCAGGCUGCCCGUAGGGAAAAAGCCUGAGGGGCCCUCGCAGUCGUUGGAGCCUGCGCUUUCUUCCUUUGCUGGGCCCUGCCUACUGCGAAGAUGAGUUCGGCCUGGGUCCCUUCUUUCGAGAAGGAGCAUCUCUGGAUGUAUCUGCAGGCGCUCGGCUUUGAGCCGGCCUCGGCGACCGUAGCCGGUGGAAAGAUCGUGUCGCACACGCACCUCGGAGUGAACAUGUUUGACAAGUUGAACCGUGAUGCCUUUCAGAUAGUUUCUUAUUUUUUGUUUCAAACACUUGACCAGUCUCUCACUAAAGAAGUUUUCAAACUUUGUUGGCCUCCAUUUGACCAAAAAAGUGAUACUGAAUUCCGAAAACAUUGCUGUGAAUGGUUAAAAAAGAUUUCUGCUGAAUGUGGUAGCUUCCCUCAAGUUGUUGGUUCACUGUUUCUUUCUCCUGGUGGUCCUAAGUUUAUUCAUCUGAUGUAUCACUUUGCAAGAUUUGUUGCAAUAAAUUAUAUAAAAACCCAUUCUAAAAAUUCUUCUGUACAUUUUACAGAGACAUUUAACGUAAAGCCACAAGAUUUGCACAAGUGCAUUGCCAGAUGCCACGUAGCACGUAACAGAUUUUUACAAAUUUUGCAAAGAGAAGAUUGUGUUACCCGAAAAUACCAGGAAAAUGCACAAUUAUCAGUUAAACAAAUACAGAAUUUAAGAUCAGAAUGUAUAGGACAGCAAAACGAGAUAAAAAGAAUGGAACCCUAUGAUGACCAAAGUAAUAUACAAGAGAAAAUUCAAAAGGUUCGGUCUUUGUGGGCUUCAGUGAAUGAAACACUCAUGGUUUUGGAAAAAGAGAGAGAAGUUGUUAGUUCAGUCCUUAGUGUUGUUAACCAAUAUACUUUAGAUGGAACUAAUGUUGCUAUCAAUAUUCCAAGGCUCUUACUUGACAAAAUUGAGAAACAAAUGUGUCAGUUGCACAUAGGAAAUGUUUAUGAGGCUGGAAAAUUGAAUCUCUUAACAGUUAUUCAGUUAUUAAAUGAAGUCUUGAAAGUAAUGAAAUAUGAACAUUGUCAGGCUAACCAAGCAAGACUGACAAUAGACCUUCACUUCCUUGAAAAAGAGACCAAAGUUCAGAGAGAAAGAUUGUCAGAUCUGAAGCAUAUGAGGUGUAAAAUAAAAGAAGAUCUCUCAACUAUAAAACAUUCUAUUGUUGAAAAACAAGAAGAAUGGCAUAAAAAUUGGAAAGAAUUUCUCGGCCUGUCUCCUUUCAGUCUAAUUAAAGGUUGGACUCCAGCUGUGGAUCUUUUACCACCUAUGUCUCCCCUUUCGUUUGAUCCUGCCUCAGAAGAAGCAUAUGCGAAGAGUAUUCUUUUGCAGUACCCUGCUUCACUUCCAGAUACACAUAAGCAACAUAUCCAGGAAAAUGAUUGCAGAAGGGCAAGUGAUAUACUGGAAACUAAAUGUGAUCUAGCCAACAGCCCUGCUUCUUUCCUGUUGCAGCCCAUUCCACCAUCAGAUAGAAACAGUGUUACACUACUUGAAAAGGAAACGAAGUUGACGACUCCUAGAGAGAAAAAUGAAACAGUUUCUAAGAAAGCACCAGAAUUGGAAGCGGAAGACUCUUCAUCAUCAAAUAUUGGAAAGAGUAGUGCAUUUGGAGGGUCUCUGCCAGCUAAAAAAAGUGAUCCAUUCCAAAAAGAGCAAGAUCAUCUGGUAGAAGAGGUUGCAAGAGCAGUUUUAUCUGAUUCACCACAGCCUUCUAAAGGAAAAGAAGUAAUAUUAGAGGAACUAAUUGACUCUCUAGUUUCCAACCCGUUCUUAACAAGGAAUCAAAUUCCCCGAACUCCAGAAAACUUGAUAAGUGAAAUUAGGAGCUCCUGGAGAAAAGCUGUUAAAAUAGAAGAUAACAGAAGUACAGAACCAAUUCAAAUGGAUACUGAACGUAGAGAAGUGUUGCCAGAAUCCUUAGCUGUGGUGCAUAAUCAGAAAGAGCUUAACGUGGACAGUUUUUUCUCAGCAACCACUGUGUCCGAUUCUAGCCAUUUUCAUUUGCCUGAAGAGAAAGUUGUUUCAGAUUGCCUCAAGUGUGUGCUUCAGAAGCCUGUGGUAACCAGUUGCAUAGGUGAACCAACAACACAGAAUCUGUCAGAUUUGUUAAAUAAGGACAUAAUUUGUAAGCAAGAUUUGGAAUGUACAGCUUUACAGAACAGGUUUUUAGAAACGAGCCAAAUAGAGACAUUCUCCCCUGCUGCAGGCAAUAGGAGGGCUGUGAUAGGUAGCAGUGAGGAAGAGUAUAUUAAAAUAUCAGACCACUCGAAAGCUUCUCACAAAGAUCUUUCCAUGCAUAAAAGUAUGUUAUGGAACUCUUUUCAGAUAUCAAGUGGAAUUAGUUCCAGUUUUAAAGAUAGUGAUUUUGGCAUAUUACAUGAAACUCUUCCAGAAGAAGUUGGUCACUUAAGUCUUAAUAGCUCCAGUAGUACAGAGGCCAAUUUUAAACUGGAACCAAAUAGUCCUAUGCACAGUGGCAUUUUCCCAGAAGGUGCUGUGGGAGGAAGACAGAAUACUCCAGAAUCAGACUUUAAUUUACAGGCUACUUGCAGUGGAUAUGAGGCUCUGAAGAAAUCUCUGCCCAAGCAAAGGGAAGAAAUUUGCCUCUCUAAUCCUGAAACACUUGAAAGACACAAACCAGAAUUGAGCCUUACUUCCCAAUACAUGCAAACUGAUGAUAUGCUUAACUUUUUGGGCACUCAUGAUUUGCACAUUGACUGUACAAAACCAUCUUCACGCAUGUCCCUUGGUGAAAGAAAACGGUCUCUUUCACCACUAAUUAAGUUUUCUCCAGUGGAACAAAGAUUGAGGACCACAAUACCAUGUAGUCUUGGAGAACAUCUACCUAAUUUAACAGAAGAAGAAAUCUUGAUUAAGAGCCUUGAUGCAAAAGAAUCUCCAUCCGACUUGAAAGAUGAAGUAGUAGCCCAGUCAACUUAACUAUGAUGAACUCAAGUUGAAGCAAUGUCACAGGAUAAAAACAUUUGUAAUUUAAAUACACAUUGGAAGUGUAACUUUUUCAGGGUCUAAAAAAGUCCUAAAUAAUGCUUUUUAGCCUUCUCUACUGAUUUUAAGUAAGGAGAGUAUGUUUGGAUUUUCUCUCUGUAUGGAUAUGGGGUUGAAAUGUGAAGUAUUUGGAAAGCAAACAAGUUAUGAGAAGCCAUUUUGGUUUCUUGCGUAAUCUUGUAAGCAUGAAGUAAAUGGCAUAGUAUUAGGUUAACUAAUUCAUUAUGUUCUAAUUUCAGUUAAUUAACAUAAGGAUGAGUAGUUUUUAAUGUGUUUUAUUAAGUGGUUAACUUAAUAGCCAUUGGAUGUACUGAUCUUUCUUUUUAGGGAAAUAAACAACUUUCAUUGUUUCUUUUACAACAUUCUGGUACUAAACAAAAAAAGUGAGGAAAGUAAUGCUUUGGGGUGUAUAAUCAAAAUGACAAAGUUUAAGUUUGGGAAAGCUCUAAAGAGGCUUAAUGAUUAUUCAGGUAGGUUGAUCCUGAAAAAUGAAGUUUGAUGGAAUAAAGUACAUGUGAUGAU